GCAGGGAGUGCUCCCUGGGGUUGUGUCGGGCCGGAAACCCGAGCCCUUCCUGAGGACAGCUGCGUUUCAGAGCCUGGGCAAGUUGCUGGGGAGUUGUGCCCGGGCUGCCAGGGUCUUGAGGAAGUCUAAGACCAGGUCCAGUAUGAGAUGUCGUCUCUCGGCGCCUCCUUUGUGCAAAUCAAAUUCGACGACUUGCAGUUUUUCGAAAACUGCGGCGGAGGAAGCUUCGGGAGUGUCUACCGAGCCAAAUGGAUAUCCCAGGACAAGGAGGUGGCUGUAAAGAAGCUACUGAAAAUCGAGAAAGAGGCAGAAAUCCUCAGUGUGCUCAGUCACAGGAACAUCAUCCAGUUCUAUGGAGUCAUUCUUGAGCCUCCCAACUAUGGCAUCGUCACAGAAUAUGCCUCUCUGGGGUCGCUCUAUGAUUACAUUAACAGUAACAGAAGUGAAGAGAUGGACAUGGAUCACAUCAUGACUUGGGCAACUGAUGUAGCCAAAGGAAUGCACUACUUACAUAUGGAGGCUCCGGUCAAGGUCAUUCACAGAGACCUCAAGUCCAGAAAUGUCGUGAUAGCUGGCGAUGGAGUGCUAAAGAUCUGUGAUUUCGGCGCCUCUCGGUUUCACAACCACACGACACACAUGUCCUUGGUGGGGACUUUCCCGUGGAUGGCUCCCGAAGUGAUCCAGAGCCUCCCCGUGUCUGAAACUUGCGACACGUAUUCCUAUGGCGUGGUUCUCUGGGAGAUGCUAACAAGGGAGGUCCCCUUUAAAGGCUUGGAAGGAUUACAAGUAGCUUGGCUUGUAGUGGAAAAAAACGAGAGAUUAACCAUUCCCAGCAGUUGCCCCAGAAGUUUUGCGGAGCUUUUACAUCAGUGUUGGGAAGCUGAUUCCAAGCAACGGCCAUCAUUCAAGCAGGUCAUUUCAAUUCUGGAGUCCAUGUCCAACGACGCAAGCCUGCCCGACCAGUGUAACUCAUUCCUGCACAACAAGGCCGAGUGGAGGUGUGAGAUCGAGGCUACCCUUGAGAGGCUGAAGAAACUGGAGCGGGACCUCAGCUUCAAAGAGCAGGAGCUGAAAGAACGAGAGCGACGUCUCAGGAUGUGGGAGCAAAAACUGACCGAGCAGUCCAGCGUCCCGCUGCUGCCUUCCUUUGAGAUUAGUGCCUGGACUGAAGACGACGUGUACUUCUGGCUUCAGCAGCUGGUCCAAAAAGGUGACCCUUCCGAGGAGAUGAUUGUGUACCCGAGCUUGUUCAAGGAGAAUAACAUCACAGGGAAGCGGCUGCUGUUUCUGGAGGAAGAAGACUUGAAAGACAUGGGCAUUGUCUCCAAGGGGCAUAUCAUCCAUUUAAAGUCAGCCAUUGAGAAAUUAACCCACAAUUACCUCAACUUGUUUCACUUUCCGCCACUCACCAAGGACUCGGGAGGUGAACCGGAAGAAAAUGAGGAAAAAACGGUGAACCUGGAACUUGUGUUUGGUUUUCACUUGAAACCGGGAACUGGUCCACAGGAUUGUAAGUGGAAAAUGUACAUGGAGAUGGAUGGGGAUGAAAUUGCAAUCACCUACAUAAAAGAUGUCACGUUCAACACCAACCUCCCCGACGCAGAGCUUUUGAAGAUGACAAAACCCCCAUUUGUCAUGGAGAAGUGGAUCGUGGGCAUAGCAGACAAUCAGACUGUGGAGUGCACUGUUACAUAUGAGAGUGAUGUGAGAGCUCCAAAGAGCUCCAAACAUGUCCAUGCGAUUCAGUGGAGCCGAGUGAAACCUCAGGAUGACGUCAAAGCCGUGCAACUUGCCAUUCAGUCAUUAUUCCCCAACUCAGAGGGCACCCCCGGAAGCAGAUCCAACUCAAGUGCGGACUGCCAGUGGUUGGACACGCUGCGCCUGCGCCAGAUGGCGUCCAACACUUCCCUGCAGCGUUCCCAGAGCAAUCCCAUCCUGAGCGCUCAGCUCUUCCCAUUCCUGGAAAACCAGGACUCCUAUGCCGCGGCCGUGCGGCGCCAGCAGGCGCCCAGUAAGUACCAGCAGAUCACGCCGAUCAACCAGUCCCGAAGCUCCUCUCCCACGCAGUACGGGCUGACCAGGAACUUCUCCUCCCUCCAGCUCAACUCCAGGGACAGCGGCUUCUCCAGCAUGCACACUGACAGCUCGUCCGAGAGGGACCGCUACUCGGGGAGAAGAAGGGACAGGUACGACCGUGGGAGCGCCUCCCUCCACUCUUCCCCGCGCGGGCGCUGCAGUGGGAAGAGCCAGCAUUCCACACCUUCCCGGGAAAGGUACUACCGCGUCCCGCCGGCCACCCCGUCACCGGACGUCAAGCGGAGGCUGAAUGACCACGCGCAGCCCAGGACAAUACCGGGGAUGCCCUUGAACCCCGAGACGAGAACCAGUGAGGAAGAGAGUAAGGUGAGCGAUGGAUGGAUUCAAGUGGAGUCCCGGAGGAAGGCGCACCGGCCCGCUCCGGCCAAGACGAACAGAGAGCGGACCAGAGGGAGCUACCGCGGACGCCGAACCUUUUGAUGAGUCAACCUGGGUCCGUUUUCUUUCCUCUUCUUGCUUUCCUUAAAAAAAAAGAAAAAGAAAAAGUUAUGGGUUUUGAUACUAUGGUGCCUUCGAGAUAGAAUUAAGAACAGCCACAAAAGCGUCAAGACAACCCGUCCACUUUGUAGUCGUGAUGGGAUUUGGAAAACACCUUCUAACUUAAUACUUAAGCCAAAUCGUGGGAAAUCGUGGUUGCUGCUUACCGAGCUUUGCCCUCACUCAGGAAGUACCAGUGUUUGGUAACUAGACGUGAAUGUACGUAGCUCUAAGUGUUUUUUUCUCUGAAACAUUUCCAGAGAGGAACGUGUGCCAUCUUGUCUCCCCACCCACCAAUGGUGCAUGGUGCCCAAUCAGGCCUAAGGAAGGGAAAGCCGUUCAGAUGCACGUCUCAGCGACAAAACGGAAGAUAAAUCAUGCUUUCGUAUGAUGUAUUUUUUCUUUAAGUUUAAGGGUUUUUUUUUUCUAAAUAAAAGUUAAUGUAAGAAACCUAUGAUGAGCUAAAAAUACCAAAAUUCUAAAUAAAAACAGGGUGUUACUGGUUUUGCCUUUUCCCUCACUCCAAAAUGGCUUGGCAAGGUAUGGUUACUGUUCAUCUUACAAAUACCGCCAGUGCUGCUAUAACUCAGAUACCACAAGGGGGUGGCUUUGCAGAACAGAAAUGUGUAUUUCUCACAGUUCAGAAGGCUAGAAAUCCAAAUUCAAGGCCCCCAGCUCUAUAGCCCCAGCGGUUCUUAACUCUUGGGUGACCUUCACACGGACUCUAUCUUUCUUCUAGUUUAUGUUUGCUUGUCUCUGGGCCUACUACCUACUCUUUGGAUGACUCAGGAUGGACUACCACUGGGAUGGUAACCACUUUACGCUGGCCUGGCCUCAUUAACGUAGCAUUAGCCUGUCUUAUGGAAACCGAUUACAGCACCUCCACAGGUACAGGG